CCUCCGCACCAUGUCCCAAACCAACAUCAAGUGCGAGAAACUGCAGAUUCUCCCGUACCCGCACACGUACACGUACACGUACACGCGCAAACGGUCCCUUACGCGGCCCCCGGCGGCGGUGGCGUGUCCGCUGCGCGAGAGACUGUAUUCGCCUGGUUUGGGUCCGGGUCAUGGGUUAAGUCCGACUCCCAGGGAUGAUUUCUUGGUGCCGGAUAGUCCGGCGGAUGAUCAUGUGAUUGUUUUGCCGUCGCCGAGGGAUUUGCAGAAGUUUAGGAUUUCGGUUUAUCGAUGAGUGAUUAUCGAUGUGUGAUUAUCGAUGACUGAUUUAUGGAUGACUGAUUUAUCGGUGACUGGUUUAUGGAGGGAUGCAUGGAUAGAUG